AUGCUGGCAGUUAAAAAUCAUAUACAGUUAUUUCUUGAUAUGAUAACAAAGCACAGACAAGAAGCGAAAACAACUUUUAAAACAAUUUUUGAAAAGAGUACAAAUGAUGCCAAAUCUCUAAGUAUUACCCUUGAAAAACCACGAAUCGCUCAUAGAAAGCAAACACAACGGUCAAACCAUGCGGUUAAUUCCACUGAAGACUUUUUUAGAGUGUCAUUAUUUAUUCCGUACUUAGAUUCUUUAAUUAGUUCUCUUGGUGUCAAAUUUUCAGAAGACAAUAAUCCUGGUAUGUUAUUGUAUAACAUCCAUCCCAAAAACAUAAUAAAAUUAACUGAAGAAGACAUCGCCAAAAUAAUAGAAAUCAUAAAUAAUUUAUACAAAAUUACUAAUCUAAAAGAACAGGCAUCAUUGUGGCUCUAUUAUUGGAAAAAUCAAACCAAUUUAGAUGUAGAAGAUAUUUCAAUGAUAGAGCUACUAGACCAUUGUUUAUUUUACCCAGCUAUAGCCCAAGCUAUAGAAAUGUCUCUGUGCCUUCCUCCCACUACAUGCACGAUUGAAAGAUCAUUUUCAACUCUUCGAAGGGUUAAAACCUGGAUUAGGUCCACUAUAAGUGAACAAAGAUUAGAUGGACUAUGUAUGAUGAGCGUUCAUAGAAAUAAAAUAGAAAACAAUCGAAAUAAUUUUAUUAAAAAAGUUCGGUACCACGGUGAAAUGGAAGAAAACCCCAAAAAACGAAAAUCGUACGGAAGAAUGACUGACGCUGCUAAGAAACUAAGGUUAUGUAGCCAUGAACUAGGCCCUGACUGCAAAUGUAAGCGUUUAAAUUGUUUCGUAAAUGUCUCGUAUGAAAAUAAGUUGCGAAUAUUAAGAGAUUUUAACGAUAAUUAUUCUACAUAUGACGAACAAAACACGUAUCUUGCUGGCUUGAUUACUGUUGUACCCGUAAAGAGACGUCAUGCAAAAAAUCCAGAGUCUGGCGUAAAAAAAUUCAAUGACGCCUCAUAUUCAUUCAAAGUUUGA